AAUGAGACCAUAGCGAAUUUCCAAGGGCAUAGGCACUAUUUGCUUGAAGUAACACUUGAUAGGUCAAAAACUCCUCAAGAUGGUCAUUUUUUACUUGAUGAUUGUUGCAUUUCUUUGCAAAACGGCUGUUGCUCAAGUUGUAGAUUGUAAGUGUAGGUAUGAGGAAAAUGAUACAUUCCAAGAAGCAGAUAUUGACCCAGCAACACAGAUCUGCUGCCCAAAAGCAGGGGUCCGAGAACGAUUUGAGCUAGGCCAGGAAAUGGACUGCUGUGGGGAAAUUGCCAAAAAGACUAUGCGCAACAGAACACAUAUUUGCUGCAAAAGUUCAGGUAUUCACGAAAGAUAUCAAGAGGAAGAGGAAGUUGACUGUUGUGCAGACGGAGUUUACAAACGGCAAACAGAACAAUGUUUAGAAAAAAUUACAUUUCAAAAGGACGUGAAAACAACAUGUGGAAAUAAUUCAGAGAUAUCCCAACCACGAAAAGACAGUACCAAAUCGUCUAGAAGCAGAAUCUAUUUGCCAUUGAACCCGCAAUGCCGUAAUGAGGUUGUUACACUUUUUACUGAAAGAUUCGGCAAAAUGGGUAAAAAGAUCAAGAAAGCUAUCGGUCGCCUUGGGAAAGCAUUAGGAGGGAAAUCAAACCAAAAAAAGCCAUUGAUAAUUAUUUACCUGUAGAAACGAAAACAUCUUGAACUCAAUGGCUUGAUUUAUCGUCUUUGUUAUUUGUGAUUUUUCUUAUUAUAUUAAAAAAUAUUCUGUAUGUGUGCAAGUUAUAAUAUCUGUUUUGGCAUUUGCCACAAGUUAUUUUUUUAAAAUGACUUAGAAGCGAUUUAAGCUAUGAGUUUUAAAAUAUUGUUUUUCCAUUUUUAAUGAUUAGAAUAGUAAAUAUAGGUAUUUACGAUGCUCUGCCAAUAUUUAAAAUUUUCUGUUCCGGAAACAUACAUCGGAUGUGUUUUAUAAGUAGAAGUUUCAAUCAAAUGUUGCUUUUUUCGGUUGAUUAUAUUAUUUUUUUAAUAUUUUGAAUCAGUUUACCCAUCUUCGCUAGCCAAGGGUUUCUGAUCCGCGGAUCAGAAACCAUUGGCUAGCGA